AUGCAACUCCAAUCACUCCCGCGCAUCAUAACUAUCGGCGCCGGGUUUCUGAGUUACAUCCAACUAGUAGUGACAGCAGCAGCUGUAGCGCUACCCGUCCAGCCCGAAGUCGGACAAUCUAGCCCUUAUGCCCUCGUAACCAGAGGCGGCGGCGGCGGAAGUUCCAUAGAAGGAGGGUACUAUAACCUUUGUCAUUACUACCCCACCAUAAGCAAAAUCGAGAACCAACUUCGCAUGACCGGACAAUGCGCCUCAAACCAGACCGGACCCCUUCAAAAUACUGCGGUGGAUCUGAACCCUUGCUACACCAACAUUGACGGCGGUCUGUUCCCUGUGACUGAUGGGAAAGGGGAUUUCACCAAAAGCUGUGGGGAGUGCCACAUUCCGAUCGAUGCGAAGGUGCCGCCGAAGUGGAUGAGGUGUGUUUGUGAGCGGUUUGCGGGGGAUAAGGAGGGGAAGGAGACGGAGGUUGAUUUGGACCAACAUAUUCACGUGUUUGAAGAUAAGCUUGGGUGUCCCGGGGCUGAGGGAUUCGUGCUGACCUAG